UUGAAGUUAGGAAAAGUCGGUUUGGGCCUACACCCAUCAUUUAUGAGCUCUGUAACCUUGAACAAGUCAUUUUACCUGCUAUAUCAGUCCUUCUUUGGCAAACAAGAAACAAAUUUGAAAGCAAAUUACAAAUUUCCUUGCGUACCAAGUGACUACAAACUUCCUGGCAUAAAAUAAUGUCCAACUACAGGACCUACAGUCUUGAAGGUGAGGAGUCUGGAUGGUCUCUGCUUAAUCAAGGAUGAAAUCAAGUUGUUGACUGGUCUGUGGUCUUCUGUGCAGUUUCCAGAGAACAAUCUGCUUUCAAGUUCCUUUGGGUUGCUGGGCAAAGUCCAGCUGUUAGCAGUUGUAGGACUGAGGUCCGUAUUUUCUUGUUGGUUCUCUACUUCUAGAGGCUGCCCACAUUCCUACUCGAUUUGCUUACAAAGCUUUUGUGAUGGUGAUCAGAUGAAACCUGCUGUAUCAUUUGUAGUGAGGAAUGUGGAGGCUGCUUAAGGCUGCUGGGUUUAGAGACCAUCCCUCAACCUUCUUCCAUAGAACCCGUCUAAACCACAGGUAAUCCUCGCAGGAAGCAGGGUCUGAAGUCUCUAAUAACAGCUGUGUUAGUUGAGACUUCUGGAGGGACAAACACCGCGUUUUGUGGUGGACAAAUGUUUACUGAGGAAAGUGGAUCAGAUUCUAUGAAGUGCCUGGCACCAGUGGUGGGGAGAAUUCUAACUGGCCUUUCUGCAGUGAAGAGAAGGCAGCGGGGCUUGGGAAGGGCUAACGCCACAGUCGCGAAAGGGCACAGAAGUGAAGGCUGCCUGCACCAAACUAGAAGUACAAAUUCUAGAAGCAUACACACCUGAAUGGCCAGCGUCUAUGAACCCAGGACCUCCCCCUCAUUGCCCCCUGGCUGGGGGUUCAGCUCCUCUCACGUGGGGGACACUGGGCACACUCCCCUCAAGUCCUUCCUCUGUAGAAGGUGCAAAUAGAGCCGCCAAGCCUGCCCCCUCAGGCUCUGGCGCUCCAGGCCUAUCCCGGCAGGUCCCUCAGUUCCCCGCCCCCCCCCCCACCCUCUGGCAGCUCACAGGUAGCCUCUGACUGGCUCCCGAGGCUGUGAUUGGUCUUUCUGUUGCCACUGCCCACCCUCCCCUCACCCCCCCACCAAUGCAGACUGCAGAAGCAGUGAAUUUGCCCGCCCGCGCGCUCAGUUGCCACCAUCGCUAAGGCUGACUCUGGGAGCAGUGAAUUUGCCCGCUAGCGCACUUGUUCCUGCCUUGGAGAAAGAAUCUUCUGCUCCUGGUUAAGUGACAAUAACUUGCACGCUCCUCUCCCCGCCAAUUCCUGUAAUGGGCAAUAAUUGCUUUGGCUUUAAGAAAUGGCCAAUUCGGCGUCUGCGGCCUCUGCCCACCCUGAUUAUCAUCCCUGCCCUCAUGCCCCAGAACAAGAACAAAGACUGCUGCGUUGUGCUUGGCACCGCUGGCGUGGGCAAGAGCGUGUCCGUGCAGAGGUGGGUGCGUGUCAACUUUCCCGAUGCGUACCUGCCAACCAUCGCAGAUACCGACCGCCAUGUGCUGAGCUCCAACCACGGCGUCGGGGCGCUGUACAGCACCGAAGCCACCGGCAGCCCCCGCUAUCCGGGUCUGCAGCGCCUCGCCGUUGCUAGGGGCCCUGCUGUCUUCCUGGUUUACUCCGCCAACAAGAAGCAAACCGUGGAGGAGCUGAAGCCUUUCUAUAAGCUGAUCUACAAAGUCAAAGACAAUACCUUGCAUAAAUACCCUAUCGUUUUGGUGGACAGCAAAUGCCAAGAAAGCCGCUGGGAGUCUAUGGUAAGUGCUGCCUGCGCGUUGGAGUGGAAUUGUGCCUUCUUGGAGACCUCCGCUGAGAUGGAUAUCAGUGUGCCCGAGAUAUUUCACACGCUGCCAAACCAGGAGAAGAUGCCUGCCGCCUGCCUUCACCAUCCCCAGAAGAAAUCCCUGAUGCCCGAGACCGCGGAGAAGCUGCUUAACAAGUGCACCGUCAUGACAAGACCAUGCAGAAUGCCUCCAGGUCAGAGCUGCUAAAAGAUACUGACAACCCUGCGAGCCACUUGACACCAAGAAGUGGAAAGUGGAGGAAAGAAACCUGAUGUGGGAAUAAUACCAUUUUGUAAACUGAGAUCCAAUACAGUUCACUAUUCAACACUAGUAUUAUGGGGAUAUGGUGGUAUAUUCAUGGAAGUCAUCCAUUUUGUCCUCCAGAUGAA